AUGUCAGAUCCAAAAGAUCAACAGCAACAACAGCAGCAGCAGCAGCAGCAGCAGCAGCAGCAGCAGCAGCAACAACAACAAGAAUCAUCGUCCGGACCAUCCAUUCGCAUGGUGAUUCAACGAUAUCGAUUCGCUCGAAUGUUGUUGGAGGAAUCUCAAGUGGUCAGCGUGGGUCAUCCAUCCUCCUCCUUAUUGGUUAACGAGGCUGAAAAUGACAAUGAUGACAAUGUUGAAACUGGUACCAAUGAUGAUGAUGAGAACAAAGAAGCCACAGUGGGAUUGCUGGUGUAUAUCAGUUUUUCAGCCUUGGCGUCCAAAGAAAAAGUGGAACAAGCCGCCAAGACAGUACUCAACAUGCCAGUAGGAACACUCGGAGCUUGGGGAGACGGAUCGGGCGUCAAGAGCAUGUUGCAAUUAUUGACGGCAAGAAAUAAUGCGGCACUGAAGACGAAAACGACAACGACUAAAGGAGACAAUGAAUCCUCAUCAUCCAACGACAAUAAUAAUUCCCCCCUAUCCAUAAUUCUGGUGCCCCAAGCAAAUCUGAUCGCCAAGAUCAAGAAGAAUGGGAAAUCCAUUCAGUAUCGGGAUCAGAUUGCCAAGGAACAGGGAAAUGAACUCUAUGAUUUCUUUUGCCUAACGGUGGAAGACUUACUGCAAGACCAUCAUGCUGUAUGCAAGGGAGACAAGCCUGCAAAUGGUAGCAACAAGAAAUCAAACAACAAUGACAACAAUAACAACAUUCCCGAUCCAAGCAUACCACCCAAUCAACUCUUUCGACGACGGACCAGUGAAUUUGCAACCUUUGAAGAUGAAGCAACCUCCCCUUGCGGUUUGCCAUUGACAACAAUCGAUGGAACACCUGUGACCAAGUCGGCUCGCAAAAAGAUGCAAAAACAAUACGAGGCUCAUGCCAAGCGACAUGAAAAGUGGUUGAAGCUGAAUCCACAAGAAAAAGAAGAAGCAAACAACAAAUCAGCAAACAAGUCACCGGAACCAGACAAUAUGAAACCAUCACUCGAUUCAUCCUUUCUGCAGCUGGUCAAGGGUACCUUUGGUGCCCGACAGGGAAUCGAAAUGCAAUCGGACAUGGGGCCCUUUUGUCACGUGGUCGAAUUAUAA